UGAUAAACAAGGAAACAUUUACAAAAAAGAUAUUAUUCUUGCUAUGCAGGAAGCUGUGUGUCAGCCAUGAACAGGAAAUCUCGGAUUUUCUCGACUUCAUCAACAGAUAACGUUAAAUCUACAAACUGUGUUUGUCAUACGACAUUGAGCUCUUAAAUAUUGGUCAUGAAUGUAUUAAAACUUGCAAUGUAUUCUGGCUUAAACUAUCAGAAAAUACUAACAUAUGAGUCAAAAUAGGAAUGCUCUAUGAGGUAGCUGUGAAAGUGAAAGUAGACUUAGUACUCCCGCCCAAUUGUGCAUCCUGUGAUGUUGCAGUGCCCGGAUCUAAGUCACCGUCGUUAUCAUAACACUGUUUAUUAUUGCAAGCAGCCCAAGGCUGUUCUAGACAAUUCCACUACUGAUAAAGUCAUCUCGAAUGGGACAUUAGGUCUGGAAUAUUGUCUCUAAAGAAGUAAAAUGACGGAUAGUGACCAGAUUGAGAUAGUUGAGAAAGAGGACCCCUCUCCUCACGGAGUGGUGUGCCCCACAGAGAGUUCCCAGUAUGAGACGAUGUAUGGCAAUAACUUUCCCCGGGACCCAGGGUAUCAGGAAGUAGUGUGGGAGGCUGAGAUGGCUAUAGCCACGGGGCUGAUGCCCGAACUCAGCGCUAAAGGGACAAGUGGAUGUUACUUUGUGAAAGAUAGAAAGGGUAACAUUAUUGGUGUAUUUAAACCAAAGGAUGAGGAACCGUAUGGAAAACUGAAUCCUAAGUGGACAAAAUGGAUGCACAAGUUGUGUUGUCCCUGCUGUUUUGGUAGAAGUUGUCUUGUUCCCAAUCAAGGCUAUUUAUCAGAGGCCGGCGCUAGUCUUGUGGACCGAAAGCUACAACUGAAUAUAGUACCUAAUACUAAGGUUGUAAAAUUAGCUAGUGAUACAUUUAAUUAUAAUGCAAUAGACAGAGCAAAAUCAAGAACCAAACACAGUAUUAUGACAAAAGUCCCAGCUGUUGGUAAGAAGUUCCAUCGACUGGGCUUACCCCCCAAGACAGGAUCCUUUCAACUCUUUGUCAAUGGAUACAAAGAUGCAGAUUUUUGGCUACGAAAAUUUGAUACUGAAGAUUUACCUGUUUCUACUGCAACUAAACUGCAGCACUUGUUUGAAAGACUAGUCGUUUUAGAUUAUAUAAUUAGAAAUACAGAUAGGGGAAAUGACAAUUGGUUAAUAAAGUACGAACCAGCAUCAAGUGUUCCUAAAGGUGAUAAUGAGGUAGGAGAGUGGAGUUUAGUAGAAAAUCCAGAUAUAUCCAUCGCUGCCAUUGACAAUGGUCUUGCUUUCCCAUUUAAACACCCUGAUGAAUGGAGAGCAUAUCCAUACCAUUGGGCCUGGUUACCGCAGGCCAAAGUCCCCUUCUCAGAUGAAGUCAAAGAACUAGUUCUACCUCAGCUGUCAGAUAUGAACUUUGUACAGGACCUCUGUGAUGAUCUCUAUGACUUGUUCAAGACUGACAAAGGAUUUGAUAAAAGGACGUUCACCAAACAAAUGGGAGUAAUGAGAGGACAGAUAUUGAAUUUGACACAAGCUUUAAAGGACGGUAAGUCCCCUGUACAGUUAGUCCAGAUGCCAGUGGUCACUGUGGAAAGGACAAAGGAAGGUCGCCGUGUACGUGCCGACAGUGACCAGUACACACAGAGCUUCCAACACAGGACACCGUUCUUCUCCUGGUGCUGACAUCUAGUGACAAUAGUGAAAGACUGGUACAGAAUCAGUGCUGCCACCUAUUGAUGCCACCUCUGUUAUUGUGGCAGGGCUGGUACCCUUUGGAGGUGCUGUGGUGCUCAUAUCUCAUUGAUUCGUCACUUCAUUCCAGACACAAAUAGGGACUGGGUCUCUGAAAGCACACAACUGGAGGCCAUUGUACACACAGUUCACUAUUCUCUUGUUCUGUUCUGGUUUAUGUAAAAUUAACUUCUAGGUACACAGAAAUGAUGUACAACUGUUUUAAUUUAUGUUAUUUUUCUUGGUGCUACAUGUCAUGUUGGAUGUUAGGUUUGUGUUUUGGAGUAGGUAAUUUACAUGUACAGUUUAUGUUCAUGAGCAUUCUUUCUUUUUUGGAGAAAAUUCUUGAUUUCUGUUUAAAAUUUUAAAAAUAAAGUAAAUAAUUUCAGGACAUGCCUGUAGAAUUUUAAUUCAUUGGUAAAAACUCUAAUUUUAUUUUAUAAACAAUUUUAAUUGAUUUCUGCAUUUUGUUGUUAACUUGAACUAAUGCAAUAUGUAACAAACCAUUUGUAGUAAUGUUUUAAAAUUAAUAAGUUGUGUAAUGUAAGCAUAAUGAUAUUAAUUAAUUAUGUUUGUCAGGUGGACAGCAUGGUUAGCUGUACAUUGUGCCUUGUAAAGGUUCUUUAGGUUUAUUAUCUGCGUACUGAAGUUAAUGCACAAAUUAUUACAAUUUCACUUCAAUCUUUUACUCUCUGAAUUAAGAUACAUGAUAUUUUUUUUUGUUCAUGUGACAGAUGACAUUUUAAUCAAUACAUAUUGAUACACUUAUAAAAAACUGAAUAUAAAGUAUUGAAGAAAUCCUGUAAACAUAAUUCAUUGACAAAAGUUUGAUGUCAAGCAAGUGGCGGGAAUUAAGAGUUCUCUCCCCUUCCUCUGGUGAGUAUUACAUGUCUCUGAGUGAGGAAUAUAACGGACAACAGUAAAAUAAGUUUAUAAUAAACUACAAUAAUGUUAUUUAUAUUGAUUGCUCAUACAACAAUGAUUAAUUUGUUUUGCUGGUUGCUAAUAAUCCUAAUUUAACAAUAAAUGUUGAAAGUAUA